CUGCGGCUGGGGCUCAGCGCAGAGCUUGGGCGCCGCGUCCUCCCUCAGCCGCAGCCGAGCGGGACCUGCCUCUCCGGGCGCGCCUAGCCAGCCCCGUCGCCGGCCCAGAGCGACAGUCAGGCGCUCCCCGCAGCUCCGCACGGGACCCAGGCCACUACCGGGCACCGCCGCCGGACCCCAGCGCCCCCCACCCCGUCCACCCCGACGAGUUUGCCGCCCGUGCGAGCGCCGGCCUCUGCGCGCAGAUGGAGUUGGACCACCGGACCAGCGGCGGGCUCCACGCCUACCCCGGGCCGCGGGGCGGGCCGGCGGCCAAGCCCAACGUGAUCCUGCAGAUCGGGAAGUGCCGGGCCGAGAUGCUGGAGCACGUGCGGCGGACACACCGGCACCUGCUGACAGAGGUGUCCAAGCAAGUGGAGCGCGAGCUGAAGGGGCUGCACCGCUCGGUGGGGAAGCUGGAGAGCAACCUGGACGGCUACGUGCCCACGGGCGACUCACAGCGCUGGAAGAAGUCCAUCAAGGCCUGCCUGUGCCGCUGCCAGGAGACCAUCGCCAACCUGGAGCGCUGGGUCAAGCGCGAGAUGCACGUGUGGCGCGAGGUGUUCUACCGCCUGGAGCGCUGGGCCGACCGCCUGGAGUCCAUGGGGGGCAAGUACCCGGUGGGCAGUGAGCCGGCCCGCCACACUGUCUCCGUGGGCGUGGGGGGUCCCGAGAGCUACUGCCAGGAGGCAGACGGCUACGACUACACCGUGAGCCCCUACGCCAUCACCCCACCCCCGGCCACGGGUGAGCUGCCUGGCCAGGAGCCCGCCGAGGCCCAGCAGUACCAGGCGUGGAUCCCCGGCGAGGACGGGCAGCCCAGCCCCGGCGUGGACACGCAGAUCUUCGAGGACCCCCGGGAGUUCCUGAGCCACCUGGAGGAGUACCUGCGGCAGGUGGGCGGCUCUGAGGAGUACUGGCUGUCCCAGAUCCAGAACCACAUGAACGGGCCGGCCAAGAAGUGGUGGGAGUUCAAGCAGGGCUCGGUGAAGAACUGGGUGGAGUUCAAGAAGGAGUUCCUGCAGUACAGCGAGGGCACGCUGUCCCGGGAGGCCAUCCAGCGCGAGCUUGACCUGCCCCAGAAGCAGGGCGAGCCACUGGACCAGUUCCUGUGGCGCAAGCGCGACCUGUACCAGACGCUGUAUGUGGACGCGGACGAGGAGGAGAUCAUCCAGUACGUGGUGGGCACCCUGCAGCCCAAGCUCAAGAGGUUCCUGCGCCACCCGCUGCCCAAGACCCUGGAGCAGCUCAUCCAGCGGGGCAUGGAGGUGCAAGACGACCUGGAGCAGGCGGCCGAGCCUGCCGGCCCUGGCCCCCAUGUCCCUGCUGAGGACGAGACCGAGACCCUCACGCCCGCCCCCAACAGUGAGUCUGUGGCCAGUGACCGGACCCAGCCUGAGUAGAUGGCAGCCUGGAGCCCCCAGCCUGCCCACCACAUCCAGCCUGUGGCUUUGCCCACCAGGACUUUUGAGCUGGGGCUGACUCCUGCAGGGGAAGCCAUGGUCCAGCUGGGUGCCCCCCCAGGCUCCUGCCCGACUUGCACCCACUCGUGUCAUCCAGAUGUGGGCACCGCACCCAGCAGCAAAGAGCCCUUCCCCCUGCAGAGCUCCGCCCGGCACCUUCCCUCCGUCUGUCUUCCCGGCCUGGACCCCACCCUCCACACACUCGGGCCAUCACACAACACCCCAGCUUCCUCAUGCUGCUACAACGCCUGGCCCUCUGAACAUCCAGAAAACCAAGUGUUGGGAUGACAGGGGCCAGCAACCACCAAGCUCAUGGGACACCCCAUAGCAGAAGCUAGGGCAGAACUAGUGCUGAGGGAGCCUCGACUUCGGUGCCGCCACCCUCUCCCGGCAUCCCCAGAGCCAGCAGACGUCCUCCCUGCCUCCCAGGGCAGCUGGCCAGCCUCGGGCAGUGCGGCCCCCUCCUCCCAGGGGAGAGCAGAAGUCACAAACGCAGCAGCAGCAGACCUGAUGUCCCGGUGCCUCCUGGCCCCCCAGCUCCAGUGAUUCACACCCGCCUGAAGGAGAGCUCAGCUCAUGACUCAGCCGUGGCAGGCGGAGGGUCCCAGAGGGGCUGAGUCCCAAAUCCGGCUGAGGCAGCAGCCGGCACCCUUGGAGCCAGGAGAGUGACAGCAGGUCUCAAGUUUCUCACAAAGUCUUUGCUGCUGUGCUGGGCACCACCCACCCCUCACCUUGCAGGCUGCCUGCGUGGGAGGCAAAGCUCCAGGACAGCCCAGAGUGGGGCUACAGAGAGGAGUCGCUGCGGCAGAGGGCAAGAGCCCAGCUUAGCCCUGAGUGCCAGCGUGAGGGCCAGGGCCUGCCGCUAAGCCCGCCCUGCUGGCCGCCAGCUGCCGGCCCCCAGAGCCACUGCAGCAGGAGUCGGGGUCCUGCCUCCCUCCUAGCAGGGAAACCCCGCCCGCUGCCAGGCCAUCCUCUCUGCCAGAGGCUUUCAUGAGCCCCAAGGCUGGGCCCACUGCCCCUACUCCUGCCCAGGAACCCUGAGCCCAGAGCCCAGCUGCAGGAAGGUGAUCCUGGAAGCCUUUGCUCCUGGGGCUCUUCCAGACCUUCUGCCCUGCCCUGACACCAGCACCCUGGUGCUAGCGGGCCACUAGCAUCUGCAGCCUGAGCAGGCGCUGGUCAGGGCUCAUCUUCUGCCUUGUCCACUGGGGAACUAGCCCUCAGACCACUCUGACAAGUCUUCGGCCCACACCUUGCCAGCCACACAGAUUUUAUUUUUGCACAUAAGCCAUAACCAGUCCUCACAGGCCGGCACAGGCUUUGGGGAAGCCCUGGAGCCUGUGGAGACCCUGGGAACCUCACGAGGGUGUGGCUAGCCCUGCCCCUUGCCCCACACAGACCAGGCCUUACAUGUCCGUCCAGGCCCUGUGCACCUUCCCCCAAAGACAGACUCGUUUUGUAAGAUUUUGUUAAUAAAACACUGAAACUUC